AUGGAUGUGUGCAUUUUCUGCCGAAACCAAACUGAUGACGAGAUCCGAUUUGGAAAAAUUCUCAAACUAGAUAAGAUUACAGUUCAUCAACAUUGUAUGUUUUUAUCGCCAGCUCUAAUUCAGAAUGGAGCCGAGCAUGAAGGUCUAAUGGGGUUUUUACCCCGAGACCUUCUUAAAGAAACAAGAAGGGCGGCAAAAUUGACAUGCAGUUUCUGUAAAAAGAAAGGAGCGUCACUAGGGUGCGAAGAGCGGAAGUGCUCAAAAAAAUUUCAUCUUCCGUGCGGACUAAAAAAUGGUACACUACACCAGCACUUCGGGGAGUACCAUUCUUUUUGCCAUAAACAUCGCCCGAAGCAGGAUCAGCCAGACAACCCACAGAACCCUGGUGACCCAAGCAGUAACUGUGUUAUAUGCUUUGAGGAAGUUAAGCCAUCGGACGACAAGCUAUAUGCUCCUUGUUGUAGGAAGGAGGCUUGUUUCCACCGAAACUGUAUCCAGAUAGUCCCGGCUCUGAUCAUUAGUCCCGGUGGGUUCACGAGUCAAGUCCGAGCUCAAAUGAGAUGGUCAGAGCCCAAAACAACAAUGGUGUUUGGUCUCCAACUCUCAGACCUGGUAUGA